UUUUUAACAUUGCGAUAAACUUUGUUACUGGCGGUUCAAGAAAGUUUUGUAAACAAUGGCUGAUGGUGAGGAUAUUGAAAGUUCCAUGGACAAACAAUUCAACGAUAAUGACGGAGGUAAACCGGAUAAAAUGUUUACGUUGAAGAAGUGGAAUGCUGUGGCUAUGUGGAGCUGGGAUGUUGAGUGCGACACUUGCGCUAUUUGCAGAGUUCAAGUGAUGGAUGCUUGUUUACGUUGUCAGGCGGAGAAUAAACGUGAGGUACUUGGACGCCAGGACUGUGUAGUUGUUUGGGGAGAAUGUAAUCACUCAUUCCAUCAUUGUUGCAUGUCACUCUGGGUGAAACAAAAUAACCGCUGUCCGCUCUGCCAACAAGAGUGGUCCAUACAACGCAUGGGCAAGUGAGCAACUAUGCCAGAGCUAAAUAGAGCAUCAGCAGUUAUAAUGGAGCUGAAAAUAGAUUUUCUAAAUUUUAAGAAAGCAACUGGUAAUUGAUCUUAAUUAAGUGAGCUAAUAUUUUCUCAAUAGAUUUAAGUUUCAACAUUUGUUUGGUAUGUAAGUUUAGGAGAAUGGUGAAAAUGUAUAAGAGAAAAUCUGUAAUAAAUUGUAUUUGAGAACAAAGAGUA